AUGAUUUGGAUAAUUUUUACAUACUUCUUUAUUAUUGUCCUUAGUCUUUCCUUACUAUAUUCAUCCAGAGUCUUUCAAUUUGGAUUACUUUUAUUAAGAUUUGUAUCUAACAACAUCAGUAAAACUAUUAGUAAUUCUAGAUCAAAAGAAAAAGCUAUAAUCAUCUUAGGUCCUUCAGGAUCUGGAAAGACGACCUUUUUUUAUAUGAUUAAAAAUCGAAAGUUUCAACAUACCACCAUAUCAAUGAAAAGUAAUGUGAUGGAAUUGAAUUAUCCAGAAAAUACACUCCUAAUUGAUAUCCCUGGGAAUACAAGAAUUGCUAAAAACGAAAUUCUUAGAUAUAUACCAAUAACUAAAGCUAUUAUAAUGAUGAUUGAUAGCACUAGUAAAUCAAGUUUCAGGGAAUGUGCAGAACUACUCUACUUUGUAAUUUGUGAAGUAAUAGCUAAAAGUAUAUCUUACAGUAGAGAUACUCAUAAAAAAAUAAAAGGUACUCCCAUUUUCAUUAUAUGUAACAAAAAUGAUUUGUCUUCUAGUAGGAAUGAAAGUUAUAUAAAGGAGGAAAUUGAGAGAACAAUUGACAGAAUACGAAAUAGCCAAAGUUUACUUGUUGAGAGAAACACACUUGGAGAUUUGGAUAAUCCAUUCAACUUUGAUGAUUUGCCAAAUAUCAAAGUAUCAAUUUUCAAAACAAGCCUAUUGGAAUACAAUGAGGAUGUCAUAAUGGCUAUUCAAAAAUGUCUUAAUUUCAAUUAA